AUGUGGCCUGAUUUGAUAAAGAAAGCCAAGGAAGGUGGGUUGGAUGCAAUUGAAACCUACGUAUUCUGGAAUGCCCACGAGCCACUUCGUCGUGCAUACAAUUUUACUGGAAACUUAAAUCUAAUAAAGUUUCUGAAAACAAUUCAAGAUGAAGGACUUUAUGCUGUUCUUCGUAUUGGACCUUAUGUUUGCGCUGAAUGGAACUAUGGAGGAUUUCCCGUAUGGCUCCACAAUAUGCCUGGAAUUGAGUUGCGCACAGCAAACAGAGUUUUUAUGGAUGAGAUGAAGAAUUUUACAAAAUUGAUAGUUAACAUGGUGAAAGAAGAGAAGCUGAUUGCAUCCCAAGGAGGUCCUAUUAUUCUUGCACAGAUUGAGAAUGAGUAUGAAAAUGUAGAGACAUCUUAUGGAGAUGCUGGGAAAGCUUAUGUUGAUUGGUGUGCUAACAUGGCUCAAUCUCUUAAUAUUGGUGUUCCAUGGAUCAUGUGCCAGCAGAGUGAUGCUCCCCAACCCAUGAUAAAUACUUGCAAUGGCUGGUACUGUGAUCAGUUUACUCCUAACAAUCCCAAUAGCCCAAAGAUGUGGACUGAAAACUGGACUGGAUGGUUCAAGAAUUGGGGUGGCAGAGAUCCUCUUAGAACAGCUGAGGACCUUGCAUAUGCUGUUGCAAGAUUUUUUCAAACUGGUGGAACAUUCCAAAAUUACUAUAUGUAUCAUGGUGGUACAAACUUUGGCAGAACAGCAGGCGGUCCAUAUAUUACCACAACAUAUGAUUACGAUGCACCAAUUAAUGAAUUUGGAACUUUGAAUCAACCAAAAUAUGGCCAUUUGAAAGAGCUUCAUGAUGUGUUGCAUUCGAUGGAGAAAACUCUUACCAGUGGAAACAUUACAAACACUGAUAUGGAAAAUUCUGUUUCGGUUACUGUUUAUGCUUUGGAAGAUAAAUCAAGCUGCUUUUUUAGCAAUGGAAAUACAACCACGGAUGCCACCAUCACCUAUAAAGGUGUUAAGCACAAUGUUCCAGCUUGGUCUGUUAGCAUUCUUCCAGAUUGCAAAACUGAGGUUUACAACACAGCUAAGGUGAACACUCAAACUUCAGUCAUGGUGAAGAAGUCAAAUGAGGGAGAAACUCUCCAAUGGUCAUGGAGGCCUGAGAAACUUGAUGACACUGUUCUACUUGGAAAGGGUCAUAUUUCUGCAAAUCAAUUGCUUGAUCAAAAGGUAGCUAAUGAUGUUAGUGACUAUAUGUGGUACAUGACAAGUUUUAACCUAGGCAAAGAUGAUCCAAUCUGGAGUGAUGAUAUGAGCCUUAGAGUGAAUGGGACUGGACACAUCUUACAUGUCUAUGUAAAUGGCCAAUAUCUAGGAUCAAAAUGGGCAACUUAUGGAAUCUUUGAUUAUGUCUUUGAGAAUAAGAUUAAAUUGAAACCCGGAAAGAAUCAGAUCGCACUGCUUAGUGCCACUGUUGGCCUCCGGAACUAUGGAGCUGGAUUUGAUUUGACUGAAACUGGAGUGCUUGGUCCAGUGGAAAUAGUUGGAAUAAAUGGUGAUGAGCGUGUAGUUAAAGAUCUUUCUGCACACAAAUGGUCUUACAAGGUUGGUUUGCAUGAAAUUGAGAAUAAGUUGUUUGCUGCAAAAUCUCAAUGGCAAUCCCAUGAUGUUCCUAUUAAUAGGAUGAUGACAUGGUACAAGGCUACUUUUAAAGCCCCAUUAGGGAAUGAUCCAGUGGUGUUGGACUUACAAGGUUUGGGGAAGGGGUUAGCAUGGGUGAAUGGUGAAAGCAUUGGUCGUUAUUGGCCAAGUUAUUUGGCAGAAGAAGAUGGUUGUUCUACUGACCCUUGUGAUUAUCGUGGUCCAUACAGUGAUUCAAAAUGUAAUUCCAACUGUGGUCAGCCUACUCAAAGAUGGUACCAUGUUCCACGUUCAUUCAUGUCUAACGAUGACGAGAACGAGUUAGUCUUAUUCGAAGAAUUCGGAGGCAAUCCAUCACUUGUGAAUUUCCAAACAAUUAGAGUUGGAACUGCAUGUGGAAAUGCUUACGAAGAGAAAAUGAUGAACAUAUCAUGCCAAGGUCGACCAAUUUCUGCUAUAAAGUUUGCCAACUAUGGUGAUACACAAGGUACUUGUGGUUCAUUUGCAAAGGGCAGUUGUGGAAGCAACAAAGAGGAAUGUGUUGGAAAAGAAAGUUGUUCUGUGGCUGCAUCUGAAAGUGUUUUUGGAUCGACUAAUUGUGACAAUAUUGCCAAGAGGCUCGUGGUGGAGGCCAUUUGUUAGUCUUAGUUUUUUUCUUUCAGAAUAUAAUAAUUUAGUUGUUAAUUCUUAUGUUUUUAUAAGGUAGCUUUUCUCCUUAGAAUGUUUAUUUAGUACUAAUAAAUUUGAUGUAUUCUUUGAGUUGAGAAUUAAUAAGUGGUUUGUUCCUCUCAUGAUAUCGCAAUUGUGAUUGGCUAUCAUUUAACAUUUUAGACUUGCUUA